GUUCCCGCUCCCCUCUCCCUCAAGAAGGAAGAGAAGCAGGAGAAGAAGACUGUCAAGAUAUCAACACCAGAAUACUUGGAAUCGCUCAAGGAUCAAGAGGAAGCGCAAAUGCGACCGUCCCUUCCUGAUGGAGAGUAGUCAUCUCCGCCAGCGGCCGACAAGUCGCCAAAGCGCAAGCCUAUCCUAAAGCGUAGCGGUACUGUAAAGUUACAGAAGAAGAACAAGCCUCCCCAUGUUGUUGAAGCGGAGGUCAAACACUACCUACCUACCAUACCCGAGGGACCUUCGCCAAGAAUGAAGUCUAUUCUUGAGAAAAAAUCACCUCAGGACGACAAUAGUUCCCCAAGAAAACCCAGCAGCUCAGACAGCAGUGACUCACCAACUAAACCUGAUAGUAUCCGACCGUCACCUCGUCGAACAUACCAACCAUCCAUUAGAUCCACACGCUCACGAACAUCCUCUAUUCUCGACCCACCACACAUUGCGCCGAUAGAUUCUGCAUAUGAGCAGUACCGAUCGCGAGACACUGGCUCCCCUCGACCCUGGACUCCAUCUUCGAGAAUGUCCGGAACAUCCGAUUACUCGCGGCCACCACCUGCGAGUGCGCAUUACGAGCCAGCGGACCUUAACGGCAGUCCUAGACCUGGGACGCCUUCUUCUAGAUAUGGAGGUAGUCCACGAAGACCGUUGCCUCCCGCUCCCCUCUUCACUGCAUCGGCACGAGCUUCGCAAUAUACGGCCGACGAUGCGACUGUAAGCAUCCCUUUGGAUGAGGGUAGCGAUGAUGUAUUUGGGCCUGGAGAAUCAGACAUCAGUGGUGCGAGACCAUACUACGACUCGUACGGUGCGCAAUCACAAGUCACCCUUAGUGAGGAGGACUCCCAAGCGCCUAUGGAAGAGAAGGUUGAGCACUACGGCGCUGCCCCAGAAGGCAAGCAAGAACGUCGCGGUGUCAGAGCCCCGCUCACCUCCAAGAAGGAGGUGCAGCUUAUCAACGGUGAACUGAUUCUAGAAUGUAAAAUCCCUACAAUUCUGUACAGUUUCUUGCCGCGCCGCGACGAAGUUGAGUUCACUCACAUGCGGUACACGGCCGUGACGUGUGACCCGGACGACUUCGUGGACAAGGGAUAUAUGCUGAGACAGAAUAUCGGCCGGACGGCGCGAGAGACAGAGUUGUUCAUCUGCGUCACUAUGUACAACGAAGACGAAGUCGAUUUUACACGUACGAUGCAUGCGAUCAUGAAGAACGUGAGCCACUUCUGUGGCCGCAACAGAUCUCGUACAUGGGGUGAGACCGGAUGGCAGAAAAUUGUCGUCUGUAUCGUAUCCGACGGUCGAGAGAAGGUUCAUCCGAGAACACUUGAUGCGCUGGCCGCUAUGGGCGUUUACCAGCACGGCAUCGCCAAGAACUUCGUUAACCAGAAGGCUGUGCAGGCUCACGUAUAUGAGUACACAACACAAGUCUCGCUCGACUCAGACCUCAAGUUCAAGGGAGCUGAGAAGGGUAUCGUACCCUGCCAGAUGAUAUUCUGCCUCAAGGAAAGGAAUCAGCGAAAACUCAACUCACAUCGUUGGUUCUUCAACGCUUUCGGCAAGGCCUUAAACCCCAACGUCUGUAUCUUGCUAGACGUGGGUACAAAGCCCGGCAAUAACUCCCUGUACCAUCUGUGGAAGGCUUUCGAUACCGACUCGAACGUCGCGGGAGCUUGUGGCGAAAUUAAGGCAAUGAAGGGCAGGCUCGGAAGUAACCUCCUGAACCCGCUCGUGGCAUCACAAAACUUCGAGUACAAAAUGUCGAAUAUCCUGGACAAGCCUCUAGAGUCUGUAUUCGGUUACAUAACGGUGUUACCCGGCGCUCUGAGUGCCUACCGCUAUCACGCUUUGCAGAAUGAUGAAACGGGCCACGGUCCGCUCAGUCAGUACUUCAAGGGGGAGACCUUACACGGUCAACACGCCGACGUGUUUACCGCGAAUAUGUACCUGGCUGAGGAUCGUAUCCUAUGUUGGGAACUGGUCGCUAAGAGAAACGAGAGAUGGGUGUUGAAGUAUGUCAAGGGCUGUACCGGAGAGACGGAUGUGCCUGAUGCCGUCCCUGAAUUCAUCUCUCAACGACGUCGUUGGCUUAACGGCGCAUUCUUUGCUGCUGUGUACUCUCUCGUUCACUUCAGGCAGAUCUGGACGACAGAUCAUACAGUGGCUCGCAAAGUGCUAUUACACAUCGAAUUUGUGUACCAGUUUCUUCAACUCCUCUUUACGUACUUUUCCCUCGCCAACUUCUACCUCGCUUUCUACUUCAUCGGCGGUGGGCUUACGGAUCCAUCUGUCGACCCCUUUGGACAUAAUAUCGCGUUAUAUAUCUUCACCGUACUCCGCUACACAUGCGUGCUACUCAUCAGCAUGCAGUUCAUCAUUUCUCUCGGCAAUCGGCCUCAGGGUGCGAAGAAGCUGUAUUUUGCUAGUAUGAUUAUAUAUGGUAUAAUCAUGGUAUACAACACAUUUGCGACAGUCUUCAUCGUUAUCCACACUAUCAAGGGUGAUCAGCUUAAACUCGGCAACAACACGUUCACGAAUCUGAUCGUAUCGACAGCCUCAACGGUGGGGCUUUAUUUUCUCAUGAGCUUCUUGUACCUGGAUCCUUGGCACAUGUUCACCAGUUCGGCGCAGUACUUCGCGCUAUUACCAAGUUAUAUCUGCACAUUGCAGGUGUACGCAUUCUGCAACACUCACGAUGUUACCUGGGGUACCAAAGGUGACAACGUCAUGAAGACGGACUUGGGAGGUGCCACUGGAAAGGGAAACGUGGUUGAGCUCGAGAUGCCGUCCGAGCAGCUGGAUAUCGACAGCGGAUACGAUGAGGCGCUGAGAAACUUGAGAGAUCGUGUUGAGGUCCCGAAGCCGGACAUAAGCGAGGCCCAGAUGCAGGAGGAUUACUACAAGAGUGUCCGAACGUACAUGGUCGUCAUAUGGAUGGUAGCUAACGCUAUCCUGGCCAUGGCCGUGUCCGAAGCCUAUGGGUACAAGGACGUUGGUAGUAAUUUCUACCUCACAUUCAUCCUAUGGUCGGUCGCGGCGCUGGCGCUCUUCAGAGCGUUAGGCAGUACUACGUUUGCGAUCCUGAACGCGAUCAACAUGGUCGUCGAGGGCAGAGUACGCCUGAGCCUCAAAGUACCCGAGUGGUUCCACGACUGGAUGGGUGGAGUCAGCAGCAAGGUCAGCGACACGAUAAGCAGCAUCGGGAGCAGCGUCCGUUCAUGAGCUGCCAUUUAUACCGUUUCUUCACGAUUUCAUGGGCCCCUUAGAAAAAUAUAGGCGAGCCGGCAACGUGUUCCGAUUAACGACGACAUUUCUUUUUCUGGAAGCUACUUCUUUGCGCCACCACAUUCGACACGAACGAUAUGGGUUUGACGAAAGUUUAAGGCAUUAGGGAUUUGGGAUUCGAGAU